GGUCUGGACCGGCUGCAUGUAAAUGGCCGCUUGCCGCAGCUCGAAGCGCUCCCACUGCCACUCGCUCUGCCAGGGCCCCAUCGAGGGGCUGUCCGCGCCGCCCUGGUCGGUGACGCGCAACCAGCGGCCGGUCGCCGGGUUCUGCAGGCCCACGGUGCCGUCUUGAUUGAACCUCAAGACGAAGUGGCACACUACCGCGGCGUGAUCAAACACUGGGCCCUCGAGCGGUGCGUUGGCGCCGCCCUGGUAGGUGACGGCCAGCCAGCGGUUAGUCGCCGGGUUGUAGAGCCCGGCGUACCCAUUGAAGGGACGAAUUUCGAAGCGUUCCCACGUCAAGCCCUGAUUCCACACGCCCGUCGACGGGCUGUCGGCACCGCCUUGGUCGGUGACGCGCAACCACCGGCCGGUGGCGCGGUUGAAGAGCCCGACGGUCUGGACCGGCUGCAUGUAAUUGGCGGGCCCGUCUAUGUUUUGCGUGUCUUCCGGCUUCCUCGCUGCCGCGACGCGCAGCGCCAGCGUCGCCAUGAAGAGCAGCGCGCAGGCGCCCGCGGCGACGCGGCACCGCCGGCGGCGCCGCGCCGAUGCCGCCCCGUCCAGCUCGUCCAGCGUGCCUAUGCUCAUGGGCUCGACGGUGGCGCCCUUGAGGGGCUCCAUGGGCAGACCGAGGCCUUGCGCCUGUCACUGAUGGUUGGUCGGCUGCCCGAGCUACGAGCUCUCGGUUGCGUGACAGUGGGCGCACGCUGAGGCAGCCUCGAUGUCGAUCGAUGUGUAGGAUGCGCAGCGCGUGGCGGAUCGCGAUAUCGAGACUCGAGAGUGGAUGCGUGCGGGGUAUUUCGAGGAGCGGUGCGGAGCGAACUGACAGGAUAGCGUGCUUAGAAAGUAACAAUCCCGUCGAACGUGGGGCUAAAAGUAGGCGAAUGGCGAGGCGGACUCGGACGCGGGACGACGG